AUGCUGCUGCUGCCAAUUCAAAAGACAACUUGCACGCUUUCACCUACAUCCUGCUCUGUAACCCUCCCCCAGAGCGGAGCCGAUAUAAACGCCAAAGACAUGCUGAAGAUGACGGCGCUGCACUGGGCGGCCGAGCACGGGCACCGCGAGGUGGCGGAGCUGCUGGUGAAGUACGGCGCCGACGUCCAUGUGCUCAGCAAGUUCGACAAGACGCCCUUCGACAUCGCCGUGGACAGGCACAACUCAGACCUCAUGGCCUUACUACAGGAAGGGAUGCAUAACCAGGUGACCUUGAACCCAGAGCGAUCCCUGCCGGUCAGCACGCCCGUCACCAUCACCACUCCCCAGUUCAUCCUCUCGUCGGGAGGGGUGGUCAACCUCUCCGACUUCGUUUCUUCCAGCACCACCAAGACUACCUCAGGGGAUUCGACCGUCUCUACCACCUCAGUCCUGGCAACACUAGCAGCUUUGGCCGAAGCCUCCGGACCGAUGUCCAAUUCCAGCCGGCAAGGUGAUUCCGAGGAAGUGAUCACGGCAGACUCGGUGGAUUCGGCCAUACAGCACAUGGUGGGUGGUGGAGGUCAAAGGGUCAUCACCAUAGUAACGGACCAGCAUGGCAACCUGCAGACCAGCGGACUGGGGCAGCAGUUCAUUGUCACCAUGCAGGACGGGCAGCAAGUCCUGACGCUGCCGGCCGGACAGAUCAGGGAGGAGGUGGUGGAGGAAGAGGCCCAGCCCCCGCCGGCCAGGAAGAGGAAGCUGGACCCAGCCGUCAACCACGCCGAGGCCAACGACAAGGAGCCGCCGGCGGAGGUGCAGAAGGACAGCGUGGAGAGGGAGCUCCUGCAGAAACAGCUCCAGGAGGCCAACCGCAGGGCCCAGGAGUACCGGCAGCAGCUGCUGAAGAAGGAGCAGGAGGCCGAGCAGUACCGGCUCAAGCUGGAGGCCAUGGCGCACGUGCGGACCAACGGCGCCGCCGAGAGCCAGGGGAAGGAGGACCGUGACGGGGAGCGGGAGGAAGAGGAGGAGGAGGGAGAGGGAGAGGGGGAGGGCCAGGGCCAGGGGGUGAUGGUGCUCCCCGAGGGCGCCAUCAUCAUCAAGGCGGAGGAGCUGGACCCCACCGAAGAGGAGGAGGUGACGCUGGUGGAGACUGUGGAAACCACGCCCGUGCACAGUGAGGUGAAAGUGCUCACCAUCUAAUGCCACCCAGGACUGCUCAGGCAGCCUGCCCACACCACUAAAGUGUUCUGUUUGUUUUUUUUUUUUCUACAAAUAAAUAUAAGUGUACAGAAAAGCCAUGUGGGAUGAAGAUAGGGGAGAGGACGGGGGAGCUGGGAGGAAAGCAGUUUUUGGACCCGUGCCCGGGCUUAGAAGAAGUUCUCUUAACCACCAGGACAUGGGUUAGUGAAGGAGUUCGGAAGAUCUGGGGACAGUGGAGUGGGAGGCCUGGAUUGGACGGAGAAGGACUUGUUCCUGUUCUCUGCAGGGGGCUGACAGACUGCGGGCCUGAACAGCUCAUCCCAUAACCCCACUCUUCCCCGCGUUUCCUCUCCCCCUGUCCUGCCAAACACCUCUUCUCCAGAACAGCCCCCCUCCUUUGUCACUCAGUGUCGCUGCAAUGCCUUAAUGUUUUGCGGAAGCCCAGGGUGUUUUCAUUUUGUGAAUUGUAUUUGUUCUGCGUAGUUAUUUUCUUAAGGAUGUGGAGGGAUGGGCUUUUCGCUCUUCUUUCAGACAAACUCAUCCAGACACGAGCUUUAGCAGGAGUCGGGGAAGGCAGGAGCUUGCUGCCUUUCGCCAAACACUUUUUUACGAUAAGAUCAGUAUAAAGUUUCAAAAGCUUUAAUCUAGAAACAUGGAGAAAACCAUUGAGCUACAGAGCCAUCAGGAGAAAAAAAAAGAACACAAAGGCUUGUAGUUGUCUUAUUUCAGUGGCAGUGUGAAGUCACUGCACCUCUGAAAAGUCAUGGUCGUCUUUAAACCUCUUUGCACCAAUGAAAGCUACCUAGCUUGUCGGCUGUGGAGCCGUGAUUGCAGUUUUCUGUCCCUGAUGUUGUGCUCUUGCUGUAAGGCUUCCCUUCUUCUUGAAUGACCUGCCGCCCCGAGCGCUGCUUCGAAUCCCUGUCUGUGUGGCCUCGGGGUCUGAGAUUCUUCCGCCAUCCUGCUCUCUCUUCCCCAAACAACGGGAGUGCCUCGACUGCCCGUCUCAUCUCUUCUCUGCAGAAAUGAUUCGGGGGAGCAGGACGUCCUUCAAGGAACAUCAGUCGUCCCUCUACCACCUUCGUCGCUCCUACACGAAGUCCCCCAGUCUUUUGGUCUCUUCGCCUUAUUCCAGUUUUUGUCUUAUAAUUAUCGGAAUUAGCCCCCGUUUUCAUUUCGGAUGGAAAGACUGACUGUGAAUCGGAGAAGAGGUAUCCGCCGCCUCGUCUCCGCUGAAGAUUGUCUGCCACCUCCUUUCGGUUCCCAACCCCUUCCGAAGACACAACUGGUGGUCCACCUCGGGCUCGCGAUACAUCCGCUUUGGAGGAUCCGUGUGCUUCUGGAAGUUUUAACCCGCCAUGCGUGCGCCGGAGGAGCUGCUCCACGUUGCUCCGAGCGCCGUGGUAACUCAGGUGCGUCCGGUCGAUGGGCAGGGCGGACGUCCGAUGCAACACAGGGUAGUUCAGUCGACUCUCAACAAGAGGUCUUAGCUGCUGGGCUGCCUUUUUUUACCCCAACAAAAUGCAGAUACUCAACGUGUGCAGGAACAAAGGUUUUUUUAUUUAAGAGUAUAGUUCCCUUCCUGAUUUAUGCAGUACACCCCAGUCUGUAGAAAAAGUAAGUGGCCUAUGUUUUUUGUAUGUAGGUAUGGAGACUUGGCUGUCACCUACAUUUUAAAAGAGAACUGACUAAUUGAAAUGAAAAACAUUGGAACUUUUCCUUUUUAGCUCUGAAGUGAUAGUGAAUGAAAUCUUUAUUUGCUAUACAAACCUUACUUAUGCAUACUAAUGUGUUUUAUAUAUAAGUGUAUGUAUCUGUGUUUUUGGUGGGAUUUUCUUUCUUAUCCAGUUGAAUUCACCAGUCAUAUGCCUUUCUCGUUAACUGCAAGUGAAUUUUGUACUGUGGAAAGAUUGCGUAUCCACACUAUAACCAGCAGGUGGCACUACACAUCACAAGCAGUUCACUGGUAGAAAUGGAAAGUUCAUUGACCUGUUGAGAGUUUUAUUUCAGGUUUGCUCCUACGCAUUGUUUUUUUAAAAUAAAAAUGUCCUGUUUUAGUCCCUGUUGGAAGUUUGAGGAAAAGUUUAAUCAGUAUUUUUUUGAUGACUUGGCAUGAUUUAAAUAAUUUGGUAUGAUUUGGAAAUUGAAGAAAAACGUUUUGAAAAACAGACCCAUGUAGUCUGUAGAGGAGGUAUGAGUGGCACAGGAGGUAUGUACUUGAGUGGAAACGGCACUCCUUCUUUCAUCAGGAGUCCAGAGGCUGGAUGUUAAGUACUGGUAGACUGUAUUAUGGAUUUGUACAGUAUUUUAAUGCGCUUCACUCCAGUCAGAUUUGGAGCCAAUGCCUCUGGUUUAGUUUAAGUGUGAGGAAUGGAUUUGGAGCUGAUAUCCUGAAAUCACUGUUCCAGUGAAGCGACGCCCAACUGUUACAAUCUCAUUUAGUUUGCAUUUCACAGUCUGAGGUUUGGUUGAACCCUGAAGACCAGCGCAGGUCCAGAAAUGUGACAGGACUGCAAGGUAGCGAGGUAGCAAGUUGUUUAUUUUAAAAAGGGACAUCAGUGGGAUUUAUUUCUUUUUUAUACGUUAAGAAACACUAUCAGGGAUUGUCUUCCACACGUUUUAAAGAAACGAAAUAUUGACAAAAAACAAUGUCUGCUGGGAAAGGAGGGGGCGGGCGGGGGGGGUUGUGAUAA